AUGUUAAAGUUCCUCUGUUUAACCACCGUACUUUGUAUUUCUGUUUCAGUCUCUCAAUUUGACUGCACACCGAUUUCUCAUAUCGGCCGCGAGAAACCCUCGUGUAACCGCAUCGCUGCUGUUCUGGCAACCACCCUCGUUGGCAGCUUAUUGGGGGUACAACAGAUGGCAAAAAUCCAAAAUGUCCAAUGGAUUCCGAAUGCGCUGUUCAUUGCUCGAAAACUAAGACCAACGAGUGUAGCAAAGGCUGCCCCGACUAAGAUACCACUUCCGACAGCAGUUCCUUUAACAUUCGUCGGAAACAACUCACCCAGGAGAACGUAG